AUCAGAGCCUCGGCGGCUGCGUCCAGAGUCGCGCGUGCUGGCCAGAAAGCCCCUCGCGUGGAUCUGCCAAGCAUCGCUGCUCGCGUUGGAGGAGCUCACUUUUUCGUUGGAGGAGCUCACUUUUUCUCCCGCUUCAGCUACAAUUGCCCGUGCAAAGGAAGACUGCAGGGCCCUAGGCUGAAGGUUAAAAGCCCACGGAAGGAACAUGAGGUUCCCUUGGAGAUCAUUCAAGAGGAAGAUGGAAGGAGCCAUUUGUAAUUGAGUAAAAGUACAGGCUGCAAGACUGGAGCCUGAGGGCUGGCAGUGGAAAACUCUAUUGGGCUGUGAUCUCUCACUGAAAAGUCCCAAGUGCCUUUUUGCUUCCUGCAAAAGGAAGAAAGACAAGGAGACCAUGUCCAUAGCCCUAAAGCAAGUGUUCAACAAGGACAAGACCUUCCGACCCAAGAGGAAAUUUGAACCUGGCACACAGAGGUUUGAACUGCAUAAACGAGCGCAGGCAUCUCUCAAUUCAGGUGUGGACCUGAGAGCAGCUGUGCAAUUACCCAACGGGGAGGACCAGAAUGACUGGGUGGCUGUGCAUGUGGUGGACUUCUUCAAUCGCAUCAACCUCAUCUAUGGCACCAUCUGUGAGUUCUGCACUGAGCGGACCUGCCCAGUGAUGUCAGGGGGUCCCAAAUACGAGUAUCGGUGGCAGGAUGACCUCAAGUAUAAGAAACCAACUGCACUGCCAGCUCCCCAGUACAUGAACCUGCUUAUGGAUUGGAUUGAAGUCCAGAUCAACAAUGAGGACAUAUUUCCAACAUGUGUUGGUGUUCCCUUCCCAAAGAACUUCCUUCAGAUCUGCAAGAAGAUCCUGUGCCGUCUUUUCCGGGUCUUCGUCCACGUCUACAUUCACCACUUUGACCGGGUCAUUGUGAUGGGUGCAGAGGCUCAUGUCAACACCUGCUACAAACACUUCUAUUACUUCGUCACAGAGAUGAACCUCAUAGACCGCAAGGAGCUGGAACCCUUGAAAGAGAUGACAGCCAGGAUGUGUCACUAGCAUUCCGCCUCAUCUCCCGGAAGAAAGGAACACUCCCAGGAGUCCCCAUGGGACAGGAAGUGGCUCUCCCUGGCUGAAAUGGCCCCUACUUCCAGUACCGGAAGGCUGGAGCCCCACAAGGACUUCUGAAAGAUGUCUCCUACCCACUUCGUGCGCUCUUAACCCUCUAAGUGCUGCUAGCCAGGGCCUGCAAGCCAGACAGACCACAGCAUGAAGGACCGGCCUUGCCCCCUGAGGCUGAAGAUAGUGCAGGAGAGGCCCCUGCAUUUCCACCCAUGUCAUACCUCUGCCUGUGACCUCACCCCUAGGCUUUACUGGAAUUCAGGUUUUGAGACUGUUGUUGUUCUUUUCCG